CUUCUGUCUGUCAAAUUAUCGCUAGUAAAAUGGUUGACAACGUGGUACCAGAUUUGCAAAAUUUGGAUUUAAAUAAAGAAAAGGCAUGUUAAAUUAAUUUACAUUUAACACUAAAUUUAAUCGAAGCUAUAUAUCUAUUGAAAAGUAAUGAAUACAUUUGUGCAAGUGUUAAAACGAAACGAAUUAAAGGCAUUUCAAAUACGCUUAAUUUCGAGCAGUCAAUAUCUACGUGUGCUUCAAUCGGCAAAUAGUUGUGUCAGUCUUUCAGUCCAAAAAGAGCUGAGCAGCCACAGCAGACAACGUUCUUCACAACAACAACAACAGCACCUAUUUCAACCAUACCGGGAAAUAAAUUGCUGUAUUAAUCAGGGGACACUUUUAAGAUCUUACGCUACUUUGGCCAAUAAAAUGAAGAAGGAGAAGCAAAAGAAUGCUCCAGCUACUGAUGGUGGCAAGAAAGUCAAAGAACUUAAUCCAUGGCCAGCAUAUAUUGAGGAACGCAAUGCUUUGUGGGAAAAAUGCAAAGCUGAAUAUUUAGCCGAAUUGGCUGCCAAACCACGUAAUCCAAUUAAAAUUACUUUACCCGAUGGCAAGCAAGUCGAUGGCACAUCAUGGGAAACUACCCCCUACGAUGUGGCUAAGGGCAUUAGCCAAGGCCUGGCUGAUAACACCAUUAUUUCCAAAGUUAAUGGUGAAGUGUGGGAUUUGGAUCGUGUCUUGGAGGGAGAUUGUACCUUGCAUUUGCUGAAAUUUGAUGAUCCCGAUGCUCAGGCCGUUUUCUGGCAUAGUUCUGCUCAUAUUAUGGGCGAAGCUAUGGAACGUAUAUAUGGUGGUCAUUUGUGUUACGGUCCACCAAUUGCUGAUGGUUUCUACUACGACAUGUAUUUGGAUGGGGAGGGUAUUUCCACCAACGAUUACCCAGUCAUGGAGGGUUUGGUUAAACAAAUCGUAAAGGAAAAACAACCAUUCGAACGUCUAGAAAUGAAAAAAGCUGACUUAUUGGAAAUGUUCAAGUACAAUGAAUUCAAAUGUAGAAUUUUGAAUGAAAAAGUCAAUACUGAAACUACCACGGUCUAUAAGUGUGGUCCCUUGAUCGAUUUAUGUCGUGGUCCUCAUGUACGCCACACUGGUAAAGUAAAGGCUUUGAAGAUCACCAAGAAUUCCUCCACCUACUGGGAAGGUAAGGCCGAUGCCGAAUCAUUGCAACGUGUCUAUGGCAUCUCUUUCCCCGAUCCAAAGCAACUCAAGGAAUGGGAAAAAAUACAAGAAGAAGCCGCAAAACGUGAUCAUCGCAAGAUUGGUAAAGAGCAGGAGCUGUUCUUUUUCCAUGAACUUUCUCCCGGAUCGUGCUUCUUCCAACCCAGGGGUGCCCAUAUCUAUAAUACUCUAAUGAAUUUCAUUAAGUCCGAGUACAGGAAGCGGGGCUUCCAAGAGGUUAUCACUCCAAAUAUUUACAACUCUAAAUUGUGGAUAACAUCUGGACAUUGGCAACAUUAUGCUGAGAAUAUGUUCUCAUUUGAGGCUGAAAAGGAAACAUUCGCAUUGAAACCCAUGAACUGUCCUGGCCACUGUUUAAUGUUUGAUGUGCGCAACCGUUCAUGGCGUGAAUUGCCUUUACGUAUGGCCGACUUUGGUGUCUUGCAUCGCAAUGAACUGUCCGGUGCAUUGACUGGACUCACCCGUGUACGCCGUUUCCAACAAGAUGAUGCCCAUAUUUUCUGUGCUCCUGAGCAAAUCAAGAGCGAAAUGAAGGGUUGCUUGGACUUUUUACGCCAUGUGUACACUAUCUUUGGUUUCUCCUUCAAUUUGGUGCUUUCUACCAGACCAGAAAAGUAUUUGGGCGAGUUGGAGCAAUGGAAUGCUGCCGAAAAAGCUUUGGCGGAAUCUCUUGAUGAGUUCGGUAUGCCAUGGAAAGAAAAUCCUGGCGAUGGUGCUUUCUAUGGCCCCAAAAUUGAUAUUACCAUUAUGGAUGCAUUGAAGAGAGCCCAUCAAUGUGCCACAAUACAAUUGGAUUUCCAACUUCCGAUACGUUUCAACUUGAACUACAUUUCCGAUGAUGGUGAAAAGAAACGUCCAGUUAUCAUCCACAGAGCCAUUUUGGGAUCUGUUGAACGUAUGAUUGCCAUUCUCACAGAGAAUUAUGCUGGCAAAUGGCCAUUCUGGUUGUCACCACGUCAAGUAAUGGUCGUUCCUGUUGGACCUCAAUUCGAUGAAUAUGCCCAAUCUGUACGAGAUCAAUUGCACGCGGCUGGCUUUAUGGUCGAAGCUGAUUGUGAUGCUGGCGAUACAAUGAAUAAGAAAAUUCGUAAUGCUCAGCUGGCUCAGUUUAACUUUAUUCUGGUGGUUGGCGAAAAGGAACGCUCCUCGAAUACGGUUAAUGUUCGUACACGCGACAACAAGGUUCACGGUGAAGUUUCCAUUGCUGAUUUGAUAACUAAACUACAAAAAAUUCGCGAUGAAUUCAUUACAAAUGAAGAUAGUUUUUAGAUGGUUUUAAAAUAUUUCGAGAAUAUUACUUAAUUCAAUUUCUUUUUUCUUAAAAUAACUAUUUAUUUAAACAAACGAUUCAAAACAACAGUAUAUGGUGAGAAGUUCAACUUUAUGAGAUGAAUGUAUAAGCAAGCAUGCAUUUGUAUUGUCAUUUAAAUGCCUCAAAUAAAAAUAUUGUUAGCAAUAUUAUUGAAUAAAAAUACCCGCUAAUUGCCUAUGAGUGGGCAACACAGAAAA